CCACUUGAAAGUAUAUCAUUAUUAAAACAGCAGGCAUUCAUGACACAGCAAUUAAUGACCAUUUGUUAAAAUGUACCUGUAAACAGGUCACCGAUGCUCCUAUUACGGUAGAUUAUGGUAGAUUAUGCUUUUAGGUUUGCUUGACUUUGGACUUGGUCGGACAUGCAACGCGCUAUCCCGCCACUAGAGGGCACGUGACCAACUUUCCGCUUGACCAAUGUGUGUCGCUACUCUGGUAUUGUAGGAUCCUACCUGUUACAGGUGUGUCAUGCCAAAGGUUGCUCAGCUGAAGACAGAAAAAUGUCAACAACAAAGCUGAAACAAGGGGCGGGGCAAAAGCAAGACAUGAGUUUAAACGUCAGACUCCUGAAAGGAAACUGAUAGAGUAGCAGGAGCACACUAACAGGAGUACUACGGUUGAGACACGUCUCCCCGCUGUUUGCUGUUAAAGAUAUAUUACGGUAAACUAAGGUUGCGGGGAUUUCCAAACUACGUGACAAUAGAGCUGAAACGAGGCGGAGCUACAACAAGACUGGAAAACAACAAGACUUCAAAGUCCGACUCCUGAAAGGAAACUAAAAGUUAGUAAAAUCGACGGGAGAACUGUAGUUGAGACACGUCUUGCUGUUUGUCUUUGAAGAUAGAAUAUAGGGAACUAAGCUCCCAGAGUCUCUGCACACUGGUGAGUACAGCUGAUCAUGUGUACUGUGUUUAAACAACCAGCAUUACCACAUACCUGCACUGUGCUCACACAGGAUAUGGCUGCUGCCAGCAGUUCACUGUCUGAAGAUCAGUUUCUGUGCUCCAUCUGUCUGGAUGUGUUCACUGAUCCAGUCAGCACACCAUGUGGACACAACUUCUGCAAGAACUGCAUCACUGAACACUGGAAUAUUAAUGUCCACUAUCAGUGUCCCAACUGUAAAAAGGUUUUCGACACAAGACCUGAGCUGCAGGUCAAUACUUUUGUCUCUGAGAUGGUUUCUCACUUCAGACAGUCAGCUCAACAGAGAGCCAGCAGCUCAGAGCAACAAGCUGCUGAACCAGGAGACGUUCCCUGUGACGUCUGCACUGGACCCAAAGUGAAGGCCCUGAAGUCCUGCCUGGUGUGUCUGGUCUCCUACUGUGAGACUCACCUGGAGCCUCAUCUGACAGCGUCAGGCCUGAAAAGACAUCAGCUGAUCGACCCUGUGGAGAACCUGGAAGGCAGGAUGUGUAGGAAGCACGAUAAACCUCUGGAGCUGUUCUGUAAGACCGACCAGAGGUGUGUCUGCAUGCUCUGCUCUGUUUUGGAUCACAAGUCACAUGAUGUUGUGCCUCUAAAAGAAGAAUAUGAAAGAAACUUGGCCAAGCUUGGAAAGACAGAGGCUGGAGUUCAGCAGAUGAUCGAGGAGAGACGACUCAAGAUUCAGGAGUUUAAACGUUCAAUCAAUAUCAGCAGAGAAAUUGCAGACAGAGAGAUAGCAAUCAAAAAUCAUGUCUUCACCAAGCUGAAGGAGGCUAUUGAGAGAAACCAGGCCAAACUUAUUGAGUCGACUGAAGAAAAGCACAGAAUGACAGAGAAACAGGCUGAAGGCUUCAUCAAAGAGCUGGAACAGGAAAUCUCUGAGCUGAAGAAGAGAAGCGCUGAGCUGGAGCAGCUCUCACGCUCAGAAGACCACCUUAACCUCGUCCAGAAGUUUCCAUCUCUGGAUGCUGCUCCACCCACCAAGAACUGGACAGAGGUCAAAGUCUGCCUUCCUUCAUAUGAGGGGACUGUGAGGACAGCUGUUGAUCAGUUGGUGGAGAUGCUCAAAAAUGAGAUGAAGAAGCUUCUCACAGAGUUUGAGUUGAAGACAGUCCAGCAGUAUGCAGUGGACGUCACACUUGAUCCUGAUACAGCACAUCCCCGACUCAUCCUGUCUGAAGAUGGGAAACAAGUACAUGAUGGUGCUGUGUGGAAGGAUCUCCCAGAAAACCCAAAGAGAUUUUCUCGUGGUCUCUGUGUCUUAGGGAAGCAGUUUGUUUCUUCAGGAAGAUUUUACUUCCAGGUUCAGGUGAAAAGGAAACCUGAUUUGGCUUUGGGAGUUGUCAGAGAGUCAGUCAACAGAAAGGGGCCAAUCACUGUAAGCCCAAACAAUGGUUACUGGACAAUAUGGUUGAUCAAUGAAAAUAUCUGCCAUUCUGUUACUGAGUCCUUGGUCCCUCUCCCUCUGAAGUCGAAGCCAGAGAAGGUGGGGGUGUUUGUAGAUUAUGACGAGGGUCUGGUCUCCUUUUAUGAUGUUGAUGCUGCAGCUCUCAUCUACACCUACACUGGCUGCUCCUUCACUGAAAAACUCCACCCAGUCUUCUCUCCCUGUGCAGAUCAGGAUGGUGAAAACUCUGCCCCUCUGAUCAUCUGUCCUGUCAACCCUACUUAGUGGAAUGAUGUCGUUUUCUGCAGACAGACUCACUUUGAGAUGAGAUGAACUUUCUUAAUGCCAAAGGAAUAUUUGCAGUUUUUGCUUCUUAAUGUAACCAAUCCCAUAAUUUAGCAGUAAUAUACAGUGUUUGUUUUCUUCUGGUUAUAAUUAACAGUGAUUUUGCCGUCUUUAUUUUAUCACAAUAUGCAAAAAAGAAAAAAGUAAUUAUUUUGACAGGUAUUGCGAUUGCAAUAUGAGUCACA